AUGGCGAACGUAAAUCCUGUUGAUGCGGUCGGGAGCUUGCACCCGUGUACCGGAGUGUCGGUUGCCUUCGUCGAGAGUAUCGCGCGGGAAGCAGGCGAUACUGUGCGGAGGCAUUUUUUUGAGAGGGACAAGAAAGUCGACACAAAGGACUCUCCGGCCGACCUUGUCACUGCAAUAGACAAAGCGGUUGAGAACCAGUUGAAGGAACGUAUCCGACAAGCUUUUCCAGAGCACCAGUUCUUAUGCGAAGAAUCCUGCACGUUGGAUGAGCGCCUAACGGACGCUCCGACUUGGGUUAUCGACCCGAUUGAUGGGACGACGAACUUCGUGCAUACGUUGCCGUUCACCUGCGUUUCCAUCGCCUUUGCAAUCAACAAAGAGGUUCUAGUAGGCGUCGUCUACGCACCUAUCCUUAACGAGAUGUUCACUGCAGAGAAAGGAAAAGGAGCCUGGCUGAAUGGCGAGCGGAUUUAUACGUCUGGGCGGCGUGACCGUUCGUGUGCGGUCGUCUGCUGUGGCUUCUCGGUUGGUACAAUCCGGAAGAUUGAUAUGCCGGAUUGUGAUCCUACCGCUAAAGCGAUCGCCCGCGACGUCGAGCGGUGUGUGCUGAAUAAUUUCACUUUCUGCUCUCACCACUGUCGGGAUAUACGACACCUCGGAUCGACAGCCCUUGAGCUGUGCUACCUUGCUGCAGGCCGGAUGGAUGCAUACCAGUCUCUCGGCCCGAAAGAAUGGGACUUCGCAGCGGCUAUCUUGAUCGUGCAGGAGGCCGGAGGGUGCGUGAUUGAUUUUAAUGGAGAACCGCUGAAGCUCCACAAACGGCGUGCACUGGCAGGAAGCACGGAGGAACUUGCUAGGUCUUUCAUAGGCUAUUUGAUGGCCCCUGGAUUGUAA